UAUCCCCCUCCGCCUGCCAAUUCCUCCCUUCCCUCCUCGCAGGCUCUAAGUUGUCCAUGCCCUCCUACCUCCUUCGUCAGUCCGUGCUUCCUCAAAUCCCUUGCUUCUGCCACCAAUCACCUUCCCGGCUGCCACCUUCCUGUUUACCACUAGUGCCAUGGCGUCCGCUGUGUGCGCAUCCUCCAGCGUUGCUGUUGUUGCCGGUCCAUCCACCAGCAAGGUGGUGAGCAAUGUCGGCCCUGCGAGGACCUCGUUGCUAGCAGGUAGGGCUCGAAGGACCACUAGGAUCGCGACUUCUCCUCAGGUUGACCCCCCAGUCUCCAAUGAGCCUGCCCUCCCCAACAACGACAGGCCUUUGUGGUUUCCCGGAAGCAAGGCUCCCGAAUGGCUUGAUGGCAGCCUGCCCGGAGAUUUUGGCUUCGACCCCCUCGGUCUCGGAUCGGAUCCUGAGCUGUUGAAAUGGUUUGUGCAAGCCGAGCUUGUACACUGCCGAUGGGCAAUGCUUGGAGCUGCAGGAAUUUUCAUUCCCGAAGCCCUCACGAAGGCUGGCAUCCUUAAUACUCCCUCAUGGAAUGUUGCCGGUGACCAACAGUACUUCGCCGACCCCACGACCCUGUUUGUCAUUGAACUGAUCUUGUUCGCAUGGGCCGAGGGCAGGAGAUGGGCGGACAUAGUGAAUCCGGGGUGCGUUAACGUUGACCCUGUGUUCCCUAAUAACAAACUCACUGGCACCGACGUCGGUUACCCUGGAGGUCUGUGGUUUGACCCCUUGGGUUGGGGCCAGACCAAGGAUGCUAAAAAGUUGAAGGAAUUGAGAACGAAGGAAAUUAAAAACGGUAGGCUGGCUAUGCUUGCUGUGCUGGGCGCCGUCGUUCAGGCCAACUACACCCACACUGGCCCAAUCGAUAACUUGUUGGCCCAUCUUGCUGACCCUGGUCACAACACCAUCUUUGCCCUGAGCAACCUUGUUGGAAAGUAGAUAACUGCUCCAUUCGUUGAAACCACCGUAUACCGUUGCGGACCCAAAGGUCAAAGGAGAUGUCAGCAAUGUCGAUCUUAGUCUUGUAUAACGUGCUUAGCUUCAUUCUGCAACUCCUUUCGUCACCAUCAAGGCUGUCACUCCUAUGAUGUAUUUGUACACUAUGUAUGCGAGACUCAGAAUUUUCAAUGAUCUACUCUCCAGUUUUCACCCUCUAA